CUAACAUUAAAAGAUUAGGUGCGAAAGUCGACAUACUGAGCAAGUAUUAAAUGAAACCAUCGUGAUUAGAUACUCGGUGACUAGCAAUAAUUUCGUAAUGACGAAUAUUUUCUUUUAAAUGUGAAAUUCCUUGCGUUACACACGAACUUAUCAAUCUGAACCGAAUUGUAGUUAAAUAAUGUCUGCCGUGGAUUUGAAGCCUUUGGCGGAAAGAGCAGGAUUGAACGACUAUGAGUUAAGCCAGAUAUCAGACCUGCUGGGCAUACAAUGGGCCCCCAUGAACAUACCCAUGUCCCGUCGCCUGCAGACCCUGGCUGCCUUCGUGUGGAUCUACCUUAUACUGUUCGGAGAAGCCCUGGCGAUAUACCUGUUUAUACAGCUGGUGUACUCCAGGUUUUGGUGGGCCGCCAUUCUGUAUGGUGUCUGGAUGUUGAAUGAUAUUGAUAUCUGCCAUCGGGGUGGACGAGUGUCACAAUGGGUGCGAAACUGGACAUGGUGGCGUUACCUCUGCGACUACUUCCCGAUCAACCUCGUGAAGACAGUCGAUCUAGAUCCUUCGAAAAACUACAUGUUUGCCAUCUUUCCUCACGGCGUCAUCUCUUUGGGAGCCUUCGGUAGCUUCUGCACCAAUGCCACGAACUUCCACAAGCUGUUCCCUGGCAUGUCUUGCCAUCUGAUCACCUUAGGAGGCCAUUUCUUGGUACCUUUCUUCAGAGAUUUAGCUCUGGCUAUCGGCAUGUGUGCGUCUUCCGAACAGAGUUUGCUGCAUUUGCUCGAUCAGAAGAAAUAUGAAGGCAAUGCUGUCUGUAUGAUCAUUGGUGGUGCUGCUGAAGCGUUGGAUGCUCAUCCCAAGGAGUAUAAAGUGAUUCUGAGCAGGAGGAAAGGGUUUAUUCGUGUGGCUAUGAAGUCUGGGGCAUCCCUGGUGCCAGUAUUCUCAUUCGGCGAGACGGAUCUGUUCCACCCUCCCAACAACCCUGAGAACAGUCUACUGCGUCGCUUCCAGGAGAAGGUGCGUCAGUGGACCGGCAUCUCGCCAAUGUUCCCCAUGGGGAGAGGCUUGUUCCAGUACUCUUAUGGCGUACUGCCUAUCAGGUCGCCUGUUACGACAGUUGUUGGUGCCCCAAUGGAAGUAAAAAGAAACUUGGAGCCAACGAACGAAGAGAUUGAUGCUGUUCACGCCGAAUUCACGAAGCGGCUUCAAACUCUCUUUGAAACUGAGAAGGUUAAGUACUUGAAGUACCAUGAAGAAGCCAAGCUAGUCAUCACGUAAAUAUUUCUAUAUUUUUCCACAAUGCUCAAGUUAAGUAUGCAGUUCUUAUUCAAUGAUAGUGAGAAGGCAUCUCACUUAGCAAAAAGUUUGCCUGACAUUUACCAAUGUUGUUUUAAAAUUCAAGAUUCAAUCAUCAAUAUCAAUCAUUAUUUUGUCUUGUCUUGAUCAGAUUUUAAAAGACGGAUGUUUGGAUCAAAGAUACCACCGUCUUUAAAAUUUAUAGAACUUAAUUAGGUACAUUCUACCCUUACCUAUAUGCGAUAUUCUUUUGUUAAGAACUACUAAGUGCGUGGUUCUCCUAUCUUCAUUCUUAUGAUCAUUUAUUUUAAUUUUAUUUUUCAAUCACAUUAUUUCCAUUACAAUUAAAUAAGUACAUCAGUUAAUUUAGUAGAAAUACUGUCAAUUCCUUUAUUAAAUAGACUGAUCGAUAUAAUUAUGAAUUAGUUAUAAGAUUGUUAUAAUUAAGCGGGUAGAUCAAUAAAGAUUUUUAUAUUAUGUUGUAAAA